AUGGAAGGAGAAAUCAAAAACUCGGUCAAGGUAUGCCUCUCAAUUCUACCAUCUCUAUGCUAUUGCUAUUUUGUAGCCUCAAAGCUCCCCAAGGGCAAGCUUAGGCUCCUUGCUCUCCUCCCAAUUCUCUUCCUCUUCGCCAUCCUCCCUCUCUUCCUCUCUCAUGUCUUCCCUAUAGGCUUAACAGCCUUGUUCUUGUCUUGGUUGGGCAACUUCAAGCUCCUCCUCUUUGCCUUUGGGAAAGGACCACUUUCAUCUCAUCAUCACCCAUCAUGUUCCCUAAUCCAUUUCAUCCUCGUAGCUUGUCUCCCUAUAAGAAUCAAGGAAAAUGGAGAAUACCCAUCAUCCAAAAGCACCCAAUCACCUCAACAAACAUGUCCAAAACAUCCUAGAUUGCCUCUAAAUUGGCCAACUAAAGCCUCGGUUUUUGCCAUGUUGGUCAGUGCACAUGAUUAUGGACACUUCGUGCACCCAAGGAUUGUUUUGCUUCUAUAUUGUUGCAUGGUGUACUUGUUGAUAGAUAUAAUUUUCGGUGUAUCCAACGGUCUAGUGCAUGCCACGUCUGGGCUAGAACUCGAGGCGCCGUCCGAUGAGCCUUACCUUUCAACAUCGUUGCAAGACUUUUGGGGUAGGAGAUGGAACCUCAUGGUAACAAAUCUGCUUCGCCACACCGUAUACAAACCCGUGAGGUCAUUUUUGGACAACAAGCUAGGUCCCAAGUGGGCUCCACUUCCGGCUGUGCUGGCGGCUUUCCUGGUUUCUGGCCUGAUGCAUGAGCUCCUGUUCUACUACGUGACACGCGUGAGUCCCACGUGGGAGAUGACAUGGUACUUUGUGCUGCAUGGGGCAUGUGUGGUUGCGGAGUUUGGAGUGAAAAGGGCGUUUUCCGACAAGCCUCGGCUGCAUUGGGCAGUGUCGGCGCCAUUGACGAUCGGGUUCGUGGUGGCUAGCGCCAUGUGGUUGUUUUUCCCACCGCUGUUGAGGACUGGUGCGGUGGAGAGAGCCAUUGGAGAGUGCAAGGUCUUAUUGGAUUUUUUGCUAAGUUUUUUAUUCAAAGUGAAAACGAUUAAUUAAUUGUAAUUAGACUGCU